UCUAACAGGGAUAUUGAUUGAAUAACGAGAUAGACAUAAACCUCGUUAACUGCCAUAGCAUGUCUCAAGAAGACACCACACUGAACAAAUACUAAAUUCGGAGCUAUGCACACAAAGUGUUGAAAACAACAUUAUGGGAUUCCGAAGUCACACAUGUUUGCUAAAUGCUUUGCUCGUCAUUUUCCUGGGUUUGACCUCAGCCAGGGACACCCUCACAUCUUCUCAAUCCAUCACAGACUCACAGACACUAACCUCAAACGACACCAUCUUCAAACUCGGUUUCUUCAGCCCCCAGAAUUCAACGCACCGCUACUUAGGAAUCUGGUACCUCUCUGACUCCAACGUUGUAUGGAUAGCCAACAGAGAUCAACCACUUGUAGAUUCUUCCGGGGUUUUCAAAAUCUCCAAAGACGGUAACCUCGUACUAGUUGAUGCAAAAAACAAGGUUUUUUGGUCCUCAAACGUGUCCAACACUGCAACAACAACCACUUCAACUGUUCAACUCCAACGUUCAGGGAAUCUAGUGCUGAAAGAUGACUCCACGGGACAAAACUUAUGGGAGAGUUUCAAGCAUCCUUGUGAUGCAGCAGUGCCAACCAUGAGGAUCAGUGCUAACAGAAUCACGGGUGAGAAAAUACGUUUUGUGUCUAGGAAAACCGCUUCGGAUCCUUCUAGUGGAUACUUCUCUGCUUCACUUGAACGUUUGGAUGCCCCAGAGGUGUUUUUUUGGGUUAAUGGGACUCAUCCUUAUUGGAGAACUGGUCCUUGGAAUGGUAGGAUCUUCAUUGGCACACCCCUGAUGUCAACAGGGUAUUUGUAUGGAUGGAAUGUGGGGUAUGAAGGGAAAGAAACUGUUUAUCUAACUUAUAGUUUUGCUGAUCCUUCUGCGUUUGGAAUCCUCACCUUGACUCCACAAGGAAAGCUUAAAUUGGUGAGGUAUUAUAACAAUAAGCAAGUGUUGACUAUGGAUUUGGGAAUUUCUGAUUGUGAUGUUUAUGGCACGUGUGGGGCGUUUGGAACCUGUAAUACUGAGAGCUCACCUAUAUGUAGUUGUUUGAAUGGAUAUGAGCCCAGGAAUGAAGAGGAGUGGAGUAGGCGAAAUUGGACUAGUGGGUGUGUGAGGAAGGUGGCACUCAAGUGUGAGAGGUUGCGAAAUGGGAGUGAAAGUGAAGGUGGACAGGAAGAUAAAUUUUUGAAACUUGGAACUAUGAAAGUUCCAGAUUUUGCACAUAGGUUGGAUGUUGAGGAAGGGCAAUGUGGAACACAGUGCUUGCAGAAUUGCUCUUGUUUGGCGUAUGCAUAUGAUGCUGGCAUUGGCUGCUUGUAUUGGAGUGAAGACUUAAUUGACUUGCAAAAGUUUUCAACUGCAGGAGUUGAUCUCUACAUCCGUCUUGCCCAUUCAGAAUUUCAAGCCAGUACUGCACAAGGGCAUACUAAUAAAAGAGGCAAAAGGUUAAUCAUUGGAAUUGCUGUGGCAACUGCUGGAACAAUUAUCUUGGUCAUCUGUGCUUAUCUAGCCAUUCGCACUUUUCACUUGGGGAAGGGCACUGCUAAACAUUCGGAUAAUCAAAGAGUGAGUGACGUCCAGAAACCAGUUAAACUGGAUGAGCUACCACUAUUUGAUUUUGAAGUCGUUGCUAAUGCUACAAACGACUUUCACUUGGGUAAUACGCUUGGAAAGGGAGGUUUUGGUCCGGUGUACAAGGGACUAUUGCCAGAUGGUCAAGAAAUUGCGGUGAAAAGACUCUCCAGAGCAUCUGGGCAAGGUGUAGAAGAAUUUAUGAAUGAAGUUGUAGUGAUUUCUAAACUUCAACAUCGCAAUCUUGUAAAACUUCUUGGCUGCUGUAUUGAAGGAGAUGAGAAAAUGCUCAUCUAUGAGUUCAUGCCAAAUAAAAGUUUGGAUGCAUUCAUCUUUGAUCCACUCCGGCGGAAUCUUCUAGACUGGACAAAGCGUUUUAAUAUAAUUGAAGGAGUUGCAAGGGGCUUACUCUAUCUUCAUAGAGAUUCUAGAUUAAAAAUUAUACAUAGAGAUUUGAAGGCAAGUAAUAUCUUGUUAGAUGUAGAGAUGAAUCCAAAAAUAUCAGACUUUGGUUUAGCUAGAAUAUAUAAAGGAGAAGAUGAAGUUAAUACCAAAAGGGUUGUUGGCACAUAUGGGUACAUGUCCCCUGAAUAUGCGAUGGAAGGAUUGUUUUCAGAGAAAUCAGAUGUAUAUAGUUUUGGAGUUUUGCUGUUGGAGAUUAUUAGUGGAAAAAGAAACACUAGCUUCCGUAAUGAUGACCAGUCUCUCAGCCUCAUAGGAUAUGCAUGGAAUCUAUGGAACGAAGACAAUAUUAAGUCCUUGGUUGAUCCAGAGAUAUCAGGUUCAGGCUCUGAGGAUCAUAUUUUGAGGUGCAUCCAUAUAGCAUUUCUAUGCGUGCAAGAAGUUGCAAAAACAAGACCAACUAUGACUGCUGUACUGUCGAUGCUUAAUAGUGAGAUUUCUCAUCUCCCUCCUCCUAGGCAAGUUGGAUUUGUUCAGAAGCACAAUUCAUCAAGUCUAGAGUCUUCUUCUCAGGAAAAUCAGUGUAACUCCAACAACCAUGUAACUCUUACUGAGAUCCAAGGCAGAUAACAACAUGGAAUCAUUUUCACAGUAAAAGUUGUUGCCAUUUCAUAUGCUGAAGAUAUUAUUAAAUGGAUGAUUAUUCAAUUAUAUUUAUCGACUGGCACUUAUAGAUUAAAAGAAACCCUUCAAUAUGUUAGAAAUGAUAACUUUGGGGAUUUGAUUUUUCUGGACUUCUAAUAUGACUCUAAUUCUUUAAUGAUG